UGGAAUAUUCAUACAGUAUAUUCAUAUCUAUAACAGCAGCAGCAACCCCAGUGCCAAAAGCUCAGCUGGGAUGAAGACUGCUCUUCAGUGCUGGGGUGUCCUCUCCCCUGCUCUGUUGUGUGACUGAGCUGAUAAUGCACUAUCAGAGCUAGAAGGACACUAUAUAGAGGGGCUCCCCUCGCCACCCUCAGCAACUCUGCAACUCUGUGCUCUUUCUGGAUCAUCUUCUUGUUUUCACCAUUGCUGCUUCUAUUUGGUUUUCCUGUCAUCAAAAGGAGUUCCUUGAGAUUUUCCCAAAAAGGACCCUAUACUCCACCCACAGGACUGCAUAUAAAAAGGUUUCCCGGUGUUUUUUCUUCAAAACUGUGGUGAAAAAAUGCGUGGCCCAGCAGAUCCCUCAAGCCUACUCUUGAAUUGCUCAAGUCAGUCAAAUUUCUCUUUCGAAACUUCAGAGCAGUGUGGCAAAGAGACGCACCUCGAGAACAUCCUUUUUGCCACUUUCUACUUCCUGGACUUCAUCCUGGCUUUUGUUGGCAAUGCCCUGGCUCUUUGGCUCUUCAUCCGGGACCAAAAGUCAGGCACACCCGCCAACGUUUUCCUGAUGCAUCUUGCUGUGGCCGACCUGUCCUUCGUGCUGGUACUUCCCACCCGGCUGGUGUACCAUUUUUCUGGUAAUCACUGGCCGUUUGGUGAGAUCCCAUGCAGACUCACUGGUUUCCUUUUUUACCUCAACAUGUAUGCCAGUAUCUACUUCCUCAUGUGCAUCAGCGUUGACCGUUUCCUGGCCAUUGUGCACCCUGUGAAGUCCAUCAAGCUCCGCAGGUCCCUUUACGCCCACUUGGCGUGUGCCUUUCUGUGGGUUAUAGUGGGGGUUGCGAUGGCACCUCUGCUGCUCAGCGUGCAGACUGUCCAGAUGAAAAACACAACCGUCUGCCUGCAGCUCUACAGAGAAAAGGCCUCACGUCAUGCCCUUGUGUCCUUAGCGGUGGCAUUCACCUUCCCAUUCGUUACCACAGUGACUUGCUACUUAUUAAUCAUCCGAAGCCUGAAGAGUGGGAACAGAGUCGAGAAACACCUGAAGGAAAAAGCUAUCAAAAUGAUCAUCAUGGUCCUGAUGAUCUUUCUGAUUUGCUUCGUACCUUAUCACGUCAAUCGCUACAUUUAUAUCCUCCACUACAACGGGACCAAAACCUCCUGUGAGACACAGCGGAUUCUAGCCCUCAGUAACCGCAUCACUUCCUGCCUCACCAGUUUAAACGGUGCCUUUGACCCAGUCAUGUAUUUUUUUGUAGCUGAGAAAUUCCGUGAGGCUUUGUGCAAUCUGUUUUGUGUUAAAAAGACUGUAAUGCUGCCUCAAACAUACGAGGGUAAGACAAAUGAAAGCUCACUAAGUGCUAAAUCUGAACUGUGAACAUGACUCUUGUCACCGCUUUGACUUAAGAAUGCUCUAUUCCACCAAAAUCAGCCGAGAGCGUCAAUAUGCAGCGAGACAGUUCACCCAGAGUCCAACUCAUCCCGAGGAGGGAAGUUCUGUUGUUUUUAUGUAAUUAGCAAGAACUCCUCUGACAACAGAGAUCACAUGUUCUUGUCUGACUGAAACUGCGAACAGAAGUACAGUUCUACUCAUUUCCAAGAUGUGAAACUGAGGGCUGAACACUAAGGAAUUGGGAAGGGAACAAAGAGACUAUUAAACAGAUGACUCCUUUGUUUGGUUUUAAUUCCCAAAUUUAAUUCCCAAAGCAUUCUGUAAUAACUCUUCCUCUGCACAAUGCAUACAGCCUACUUUAAAAUUUUAUAUUGUGCCAGAGGUCGAGGUUCACCCCUCAGACAGACCUGCCUGGUGAAAAGACAGCAUGCUUGCACAUCUUCUUCAAGUCUCUGAAUCCAAAGGGUUUAUACAUAGUAGACAGAAAAUUGAUACUAAAUGGUGGCAAGAAAAAAAGACCAAAAUACUGCAAUGCACCCAAUCUGGACUGGAAUUGAGAUACGACUCACAACUUUUUUUACUUAUUCCCAGUAUUCAGAGCUGGAGAUGAGCACUAGACUUCAUGCUAUCUUUUCUAUCUGCCCUCUGCCAUUGUCCCAAAGCUGCAGACAGAGGCUGGACAACAUUUACUACACUGCCUCUUUCAUGCAGGUCCCUGCAAAACAUCAGAUAUCCUGAUAGCCCUCAAACUAAAGAAGGGAAAAGGGCUGUUCAGGAACACAGCAUUCACCUUUACAACAUACCGAAUCAUAAAAAUAUGAAUCCAAACAGCAAAACUGAAGAAAAGUAAGCACAUGAAGAAGUGAACUCUACUUUGUCUGGAAGAGAUUCUUAUCUUUGAGGUGCUUCACAAUUAUAUUUUGUGACUUACCUAGCAAGACUAUUCCUUCGCUACAGAUAAAGUAGGGUUUAUCUUAACUAUCCUCCCUGAUACAAGUUGCAUGCAGUGGAAUAUGUCUGGAAAUGACGGGCAGGGAAGCUCAAGUACAAUGAGAAGUAAGAAAAAGAUUUUCCAAUAAUAUUUACUAGAAGACUGUUUCUAUGCUAUGGAGAUAAAUAUUAUAGGAAAUCACGUGACAGGUGAAUUAGAAUUUUUAUGUACAGAUAUAUACACACAUAUAUCCCUUCCCUAUACUUUUGGGAAUGAGCUCCUUACCAUUUUAAAUUUGGCCCCAAAAUUAUGAAAUCAAACAUACUUUUUCGUGUUUGAACUGUUUUAAUCCUAGCUGCUAUCCCAAACGACCCUAGGUGCUAUCACAACAGCCCUUCCUAACAACCUUAGGUGUCAAAAGAAAGUCAACUACGCCCAGCUCCAAAAACUAAGGCACAGAAGUUGCAUGCAGGAUGGAAGAGAAGAAGGAGCUGAGAGGACUCCCUGCUGGGCGGGGUACAAGUAUAUAACAUUUCCUUCCCUUCUUCACCAUUUAGUUAGUGACUGUAAUAUAAACUCUAGGAAACUACUAGGCUUUGCUCAAGACAUAUGAAAGCCUGAAAUUAACUAUGAAUCGUACAACACCGCUAACUGCUAGAUUGUUCUAUUUUCUUAUCCUGGUAUGCUUUUGUACAAGUUUCAUGUUUUUAUUUCCUACUUCUUAAUUAAAUGCAUUAAUCAAC